AUGGCUUCAGCUUUGGAGGCAGCACACCGGGGGUUCGGCACGUACGGUGGUGGUAUUCUGCGUGUCGUUGACUUCCACAGCCAAGUGUGCGCCGACCCGCCAGCCAUGAUGUCGAGCCUGACGACGGUUUUAACUAGCCCCCCCCUCGCCCCCUCUGCCACAUCAGCCAGAAGCCCAGCGUUGGUCGUUGCUGGCACGAGCCCGCCGAGCGCCUGCGGCACAACUGGAAGGGAGAGGAUCGAGCCCUCUCCCUCCCGCGAGCACCGCGGCAUCGCCGACUUUUCCAUCAGGGCAAGAAUCAGAGCCCAACCCUCCCCGAGCGCGACGCUAGCGGACGCCCCAUCGUCCCCCAUCCUGCCCCCCGAGAACCCGCCGCCUUGCGCCGAUGAGGAUCGCCAGGACAAGUACAAAGAGCUGUUUGCAGCAGCUGACGGGCCGAUACUGGCCGUGCCUGAACCGAAAGCCAAAACCCCGAAAGCAGAUCCGAGAGGCGAGCCGCGCCCACGCCGAGCCAGCAGCCGACACGGACGGUUUAGGCAGGCAAGCAAGCAGACCCAGAUAACAAACCCGGCUUGCCGCGGGCGCCCGAGGGAGCUGCCGCCACCGUCCGCACCCACGCAGUCGGCCGGGAAGCAGCGGCCAAGGCAUGACGGCCACCACCAGACCAGGCCCGACGCCCGGGCCCCAGCCCCGUGGCCAGCAGACCCACGAGGCUCAGUAGAAUGCCCCUUGGCCGCCGGUCAAGAGAAUCAGGAGCGCAGCGCCGCCGUCCGACCUCACCACCUCGGGAACACUCACCGCCCAGAAGCCGCCUGAACCCCGGAGGCCCACAAGGCCUCAGAUAUCGCGGGGCGAGCUGGC